AAAGGAAAAACUUGAUCACGGCACAAUUAUCAGAUAAGCUAUAUUUUAAUGUUGUCUCUUUGUAAUGUUGGCCUGGGUAACUGCCUUCAAAGCCCAUAUCAGAAGCUCCCACUGCCUUCCUGUUAGGAUCAUCUUCUUGCUCACACAUGGAUUAAAAUAGGUUGGUCCAUGUCAGUGCAUUGCAAACAGUAUAAUUUUGGACUUCCUGUCUAAUCUGUAAAUACUCUCUGUCUUCAGAAAGCCGUUAAAAGCAGACGGUAACAUCUGAGCUGUACUUCUGUUUCCGAAUCACAGAGGCAGGAUGGCAGAAUCUGAUGUUACAUACGCUGAUGUGAAGUUCAUAAGACAGAGGGCUGAAGAUGAUGUUUCUUUAGUCAGUGAAGUCAACUCUGCAGCCAGAAGAUCACCAAAAAAAGAGCCAGUCUGUGCAAAGUGUGCAGCGGAUGUUCAACAAGCUGGACAGAGCACGAGGUCAAAGGUCACCUCAGAGCGAGUGGUCCUACUGGUUCUCAUCGCUAUCUUGGUAGCUGUCAUCAUCGCCCUGGCAGUCAAUGAGACGUGUCAGAAGUGUGAAGCAGGCUGGGAGCUGCAUGGAGGAAAGUGUUAUAAGUUCAGCACCAGGAAGUCCUCCUGGAAUGAGAGCAGAGAUUCCUGCAAAGAUCUGGGAGGAGACCUGGUGAAGAUAGACAGCAGAGAGGAGCAGAUGUUCCUGUUUGGAAGACUGAGCAACUUUAUGGAGGAUGAUUUAAAGGACAUGUUCUGGAUCGGACUGACGGACUCAGAGAAAGAAGGCAGAUGGUUGUGGGUAGAUGGAUCACCACUGAAUGAAAGCAGCAACCAUCUUGGCCACUGGGAGGAAGUGGACCCCGCUAGCUGCUACAGAGCAGGCAAAGGCAGCACUCCGACACCGGGACAUCGUGGGACAUGUUCAGAAGGGGAGGAGUGGUCUUCACCUUGGCACUCGCAGACCAACUUGGAGCAAGGCCAAUCCAGUUUAGAAGCGCAAGCUGGUGGUCCAAGAGUCGAGCUGGUGUACAUCAUUGAGCUCACGGUACCCUGGGAGGGUGCCAUAGAGGAAGCCUUUGAGCGGAAGAAGCUGAGAUACACCAAUCUUGCAGCAGAAGCCCAACAACAAGGAUGGAACGUGAAUGUACGCCCGGUGGAAGUAGGCUGCAGGGGAUUCAUAGCCAGCUCAACAUCUAGGCUACUCAGGGAGAUGGGGGUGCGAGGGAAGGCCCACAGGCAGGCAAUCAAGGACCUCUCCAAGGCCGCUGAAAAGGGGAGCCAGUGGCUGUGGACCAAGAGGAAGGACCUGGCCUGGGGCUCAAGUGUGUGA